UUUCCAAGUUGGGCCCAGAAAAUCAAAACUCAAGCUAAAAAAGAUUGGGAGCGAAAGCUCUAAUCUGGCCCAAAAGUUCACAAUUUCAAGAGUUCGAGCCCGUCCGAAUGGUUGGCGAGCUUUUGAGCCAUGGAUUCCUGGGGCUGGCUCUCUCUCUCAUUUUUUUCCUGUCUUUCAGUCUUCACCGUUCUGAAACUUUCCCCUCCGAGAAAAUGUGAACAUCUGCUGAUAAAUAGCUUAAUCCUCACAAACAACAUUAAACGAUGCUCAGGUCCUCUUCCAUAACGCUCUCUCUUAUCCCUAAACGCUGUUGUCUGUCACUCUUCUUGUAUCCAAACGCCCAGCACUUCCACAUCAUUCCCAACAACAACGACAACGACGACAGCAACAACAACAACAACACCCUUCUCUCCACCAAUUCAAAACCUGGGUUCGGUUUAGUUACGUUGGAACCCGAACAAUCCAACAUUAAAGCCGACAACGACCAACAUACCGACGACUUUGCCUCCGAUGUCGAAAAAAUCUAUAGAAUCCUCCGAAAAUUCCACACUCGAGUUCCCAAACUAAACCUCGCUUUACAGCAGUCCGGCAUUGUUUACCGUCACGGUUUAACCGAACGAGUUUUGAACCGUUGUGGCGAUGCCGGUAAUUUAGGUUUCAAAUUCUUCACUUGGGCUUCGAAACAACCUGGCUAUCACCCAAGCUAUGAAAUUUACAAAGCAAUGAUUAAAAUUUUAGGCAAAAUGAGACAAUUCGGUGCCGUUUGGGCCUUAAUUGAAGAAAUCAAAAAGGAAAAUCCCCAAUUCCUUACGGCGGAAUUAUUUGUUGUUUUGAUAAGAAGGUUCGCUUCUUCAAGAAUGGUUAAAAAAGCCAUCGAAGUGUUUGAUGAAAUGCCAAAGUACGGCUGCCCACAAGAUGAUGCCGUCUUUGGCUCUUUAUUAGAUGCUUUAUGCAAAAAUGGGAAUGUAAAAGAAGCAGCUUUGAUUUUUGAGGAAAUGAAGGUAAGAUUUAAGCCGAAUUUAAAGCAUUUUACUUCUUUGUUGUAUGGUUGGUGUAAAGAAGGGAAGAUUUUGGAAGCUAGACAUUUGUUGGUUCAAAUGAAAGAAGCCGGUUUUGAGCCGGAUAUUGUGGUUUAUAACAAUUUGUUAAGUGGGUAUGUUUUAGGAAACAAAAUGGGGGAUGCUUUUGAUUUGUUGAAAGAAAUGAGGAGGAAAGGGAUUGACCCGAAUGCGAGUUCCUAUACCAUUGUGAUUCAAGGGCUUUGUAAGGCUGAUAGAAUGAUAGAAGCGAUGAGGGUUUUUGCUGAAAUGGAGGAAAAUGGUUGUCAAGGUGAUGUUGUGGCUUAUACCACUCUGAUAAGUGGGUUUUGUAAGUGGAGGAAGGUUGAGAGAGCUUAUGAGGUUUUGGAUAGGAUGAUAACAAAAGGGCUUAUGCCAAAUUCGUUGACUUAUUUACAUAUUAUGUUGGCUCAUGAGAAGAAGGAAGAGAUAGAAGAGUGUUUGAAGUUGAUAGAGGAGAUGAGGAAGAUUGGUUGUGUUCCUGAUGCUGGUAUUUAUAAUGUGAUUAUUCGAUUAGCUUGCAAGUUAGAGGAAGUGAAUGAAGCUGUACGAGUUUGGAAUGAGAUGGAAGGAAGUGGAUUUAGUCCUGGAGUUGAUAGUUUUAUUGUUAUGAUACAUGGUUUUAUUGGGCAAGGGUGUUUGAUUGAAGCCUGUGAGUAUUUUAAAGAAAUGGUUGGAAGAGGUCUUUUUUGUGUUCCUCAAUAUGGGAUUUUGAAGGAUUUGUUGAAUUCUUUGUUGAGAGCUGAGAAGCUUGAAAUGGCCAAAGAUAUUUGGAGUUGUAUCGUCUGUAAAGGAUGUGAACUUAAUGUGUCUGCAUGGACAAUAUGGAUUCACGCCCUUUUCUCAAAGGGGCAUGUGAAGGAGGCCUGUUCAUAUUGUCUGGAAAUGAUGGAUGCGGAUCUAAUGCCACAGCCGGAUACUUUUGCAAAGCUCAUGAGGGGCCUGAGGAAACUGUAUAACAGGCAGAUCGCAGCAGAGAUUACAGAGAAGGUAAGGAAGAUGGCUGCAGAUAGAGAGAUCACUUUUAAGAUGUAUAAACGGCGGGGAGAGAGAGACUUAAAAGAAAAAGUAAAGGAAAAAGCAGAUGGUAGAAAGAGGAGGGCUCGUCGACGUCGGUGGGGUGGGUCCCGCAGUAGAGCUGACAUUUUGUAGUUUCAGUGCAAGUCCAUUUCUCAAGUAGUGAACCCGCUCUCAGAAAUAUUGGAUAGAUUGCUUCUCAGACAGCAAUGGGAUUUGCAUUUGUUAUGAAUUGGAGAAGUGAGGAGCCUCUAUAUUGUUUAGAAGCAGUCAACUUGUAAAGGAGAACUUAUAGUCAUAUUUACUCCACAUGUUGAUGCAACUCUUAGACCAUUACUGAGCUUCUACAUAAAUUGUGUUCGUGAAACAACCCAGCAGGGUGGCUGUUGCUUUGCAAACCCUCUUUCAUCGGUAUCAUCAUUCAAGAUGGAGCAAAACUGUGUGUGCUCAUUGAUUCUUCCAACAAGUGAUGGGAGAUAACUUUUUUAUAAUUGAGAUGGUUAGAAAAUGUGCCAUAACCGCUGUUUUUUUUUUUUUUUGCAAGCAAGGGAACGAAGGAUUUCCAUUCGUUAAUUCUGCUACUGGUUCCAUAUCCACUUAUGCUGAUAAAUUUUGAAAAUCAAGCAAAGCUUAUUCUUGGGGGCAACCAACAUUCUAAACUAUGCCUAGUUUAUGGGAACUUUUUUUUUUU